GCUUUUAUCCAAUUUCGCCAAACUUUGAUCAACCAUAACUUUUUGCUCUGCACUCCGAACGCCUUGAAUUUUUUUUUAUUUCGCAUAAAUAUUAAAGGACUACAUCUUUUAUCAUAGCCAUAAUUUCGGAAUGUACGUGGAGGUGGACACAAUGUAAAAACAUUUGUACCACGUUAUGAUUUCACCGCCCACGAUGCUCAUCGCCGACGACACUCACUGGUCUCCUCCCCGACGGUGCUCACCGCCUUAAGCACUCGUCGCCCACGGCGCUAUGGUCUCGCCACCCACUACGCUCAUCGUCGUCGGCUCUCACUGGUCUCGUCGCCCACGGUGCUCACCGGUCUCACCCCCUCGGCGCUCAUCGCCGAUGACGCUCACCAGUCUCGUCAUCGACGGCGAUCACCUCCCUCAGCGCUCAUCGAUGAUGGAGCUCGCCGCAUACGGGGCUCACUAGUCUCGCCGACGGCGAUCACCAUUCUCGACGACGGUGAAAACCAUUCUCGCCACCCACGGCGCUCAUUGUCGACGGCUCUCACCGGUCUCAUCACCCAUGGUACUCACUGGUCUCACCCACUUGGCGCUCAUCGCCGACGAUGCUCACCAGUCUCGUCGUCGACGGCGCCCAUCGAUCACGGUGCUUGUCGUCCAUGACGCUCAUCGGUCUUGCCGACGGCGAUCACCCAUCCCGCCGCCCACGACGCUUAUCGCCGACGGCUCUCACCGGUCUCGUCGCCCAUUACGCUCACCACUCUCACCCCCUCGGCGCUUAUCGCCAAUGAUGCUCACCAAUAUCGUCGCCAACGGUGCUCAUCACCCUCGGCACUCAUCGUCGACUGCGCUUGCCGCUCGCGGCGCUCACCGGUCUCGACGCCCACGGCUCCCACCGGUCUCACUAUCUCGGCGCUCAUCGCCAAUGGCGCUCACCGGUCUCGUUGCCUACGACACUCACCAUCUUCGCCACUCACGGCGAUCUUCUCAUUUAUGUGACACCCUUAUUAGGCCAUUACUUGCCACAUGGCUUGAGUGCCUAGACGUGGCACGGAAAAGCAUGACACGUGGCGAGCUAACGCAUGAGGUGAUGACACCUCCGCCUCAGACGUGUUGAUCCAAUACAACCGUCGCCGCCGCGUGUCCUCCGCUGUCCCCCGGACGUCCCCUAUAAAAGGUGCCUCUCGUUUUCUGGCAAGGGUACGCAAAAAAGGUAUGGACGAGCUCCCUUAAAGAGUCUGCUACUAUUAGUGACCGGAGCUAUUGCUCGCCCAGGCCCUCCUCUCCUUCUUUAUGUCUUUAACUUCAUUCUUCCCCUCAAUUUAUCACUCGAUAUUGACUUGAGCACCAGAGGGUGUCCAUGCUGAGAUCGGUCGGCGGACCUUUUACAGGAGGUGGUGGGAGUCAGCGUCACAAACAAGGAUUGCGGUGUAAGGUGAUUUGAAGCCUCUAUUGGUGCCUGUAGCAAGGAAUCCGACGUCAGCGACAACCUCGACAUCAACACAUGGAUUUUUGAAAAGUAAAGCUAAUGUUAUUGC